UCCGCAUUACGACUGCUGCCGAAGUGUUGCCAUAACAGGCACUCGGCUAACGCUAAUGUUUGCUAACCAAUUAGAAGAAUAGGUGAGUGUUAUUUGUCUAAACAUUUCUUAAAUUGAAGCUAAAUCAUCCCAGGCGCUGUCAGUGUUAGGACGCCAACAAAACUGCACGGACAAGUGUUGCUGUCAUUUGUGUGAGUGUUCCAGUCUGAACCAUGGAACAGUGUGCAUGUGUUGAGCGGGAGCUGGAGAAAGUGCUCCAUCGCUUUGUAAUGUACGGCCACCAGUCUGAGGAGAGGCUAGAUGAGCUCCUGCGCAGCGUUUGUGAGAUACGAGGACAGCUAGUAGCUUUCGGAGUACAAGAUGCAGACUUAUCUGUGCUAUCUCAGACUAUGGCACAAUGUUGCAAGAAUAUCAAAGAAACAGUGCAGAUGUUAGCAUCCCGACAUAAGGACAUCCAUGGAAGUGUGUCAAAAGUGGGAAAAGCCAUUGACCGGAAUUUUGACGCAGAGAUCAGUGCUGUCGUGGCAGAGACGGUGUGGGACACCCCAGAGAGACAGAAAUAUCUGAGUGAGACCAUUGUGGAGCACCUGUACAGGCAAGGGAUGCUCAGUGUAGCAGAGGAUCUUUGUCAGGAGUCGGGUGUUGUUAUAGAUAUGAGCAUGAAGCAGCCUUUCCUGGAGCUCAACAGAAUCCUUGAAGCACUGAGAAUGCAGGACCUCAGGCCAGCAUUGGAGUGGGCGGUGACGAAUAGGCAGCGGCUUUUGGACCUUAACAGUAGUCUAGAAUUCAAGUUGCAUCGCUUGUACUUCAUCAGCCUGCUCAGUGGGGGUAUCAACAACCAAAUGGAGGCACUGCAGUAUGCCCGGCACUUUCAGCCCUUUGCCUCCCAGCACCAGAGAGAUAUUCAGAUCUUGAUGGGAAGUCUCGUGUACCUGCGUCAUGGUAUUGAGAACUCUCCGUACCGCAGCCUGCUGGAGACAGAUCAGUGGGCUGAGAUCUGCAACAUCUUCACCAGGGAUGCCUGUGCUUUACUGGGCCUUUCUGUAGAGUCACCACUCAGUGUUAGUUUUGCAUCAGGCUGUAUGGCUUUGCCAGUGCUGAUGAACAUCAAGCAGGUGAUCGAGCAGAGACAGUGCAGUGGAGUUUGGACGCAUAAAGACGAGCUGCCUAUUGAAAUUGACCUUGGGAAGAAGUGCUGGUACCACUCUGUGUUUGCCUGCCCAAUCCUCAGACAGCAGACCUCAGAGAGCAAUCCUCCCAUGAAGCUAAUCUGUGGUCAUGUCAUCUCCAGAGAUGCCCUCAACAAACUGACUAAUGCUGGGAAGUUGAAAUGUCCGUACUGCCCCAUGGAGCAGAAUCCGUCACAUGCCAAGCAGAUCUACUUUUGAUACCGCACACCCUCCUCCCGAGUAAGGAUGAAGUUCCCUGGAGCUAUUUGCUUUUCCAGGACCAUUUGCUCUGGCCCUUUUUCUUCUGUCCCUGGCCUCUCGGCCUGUUUCUGUAAGCAUUAAGGUUUUACCCCAGUGCUCCUCCGGACAGCCUCGGCCACCCUUUAACCCACCUAGGACCACCCAACUUUGCGUAAUAUACAGAGACAGUCCAGCGGGAAAGGUCCAGCUACAACCUUGUAGUAGAGUGAGGAGUCUGUCAGUAAUGAGAAACCUCCUCGUGAAGAAGCACCUCUGAGAAAGGAUCAUUCAUUGAGAGUCAUUUGCAAAUGCCUGCAGACUUAUAGGCUUAUCUUUUUAAAGUAUGUGAUACUUUAUAGUGUUUGUUUUCUCGGCUUAAGCGACUGUUUGAGUUGGAUGACUGCUUCUUUUUUUUCUUUUGUUUUUGUGACAGAAGCAGUUGAAUGGUUGUGCAUGAGUGAGUGUGGGUGAAAGUGGUAUAGAUCAGCAGUUUCUGAUUUCAGGAGGUUAAAAACGUCUAUUUAACAUACCACAGAGAACAAACUGUUGGUUUAUUAUUUGCAGGUAAUGGGACAUAUGGAGGUCUAUCUUGAAUUGAACUCUAUUGUGACCCUGGAUACUACUUCUUAAUGUAAUAAAGGCCUCACGUAGCUUGAAAGUCUGAUUUGUUGGCUGAUGUUUGAUCAGUUAAACUCAUCAAAGGUGGAACAGCUUUUUUUUCUUUUUGGACUGAGUGCACCAGCAAGAAUUUUCCUCAUUGUAGAAGCCAUUUGUCUUGUUCCAUGUAUGUAUUUAACAAACAAUGACAACAAGGAAACACAAAUAUAUACUACUGUGAAAUGUGCUUUGUUUCUACUUCUCAUUGCGACCGCCACAUGUAAAAUAGUAACUUAAACUGAACAGAAAAAUGCAUUUAUCAACACUACUGCGUAACUUACUCAACUAACGACCUGACAGCUUACAACUCAGCUGUGCCAUCGCUCCCCUCUGUCCCGCGUUAUGUACCCUAAGCUUGCACGCCAUGUGAUUUGAAGAUGUUAAAGUGGUGUGAUGGUAGCCGUAUGGUCUGACUUGCAGUGGCUGUAGGCUUGUGAUUCAGCUUUACUUGUCGUGGGUGGGGGAGUCCUCUGAUCAUUGUGGCUGUUGUUUAUUAAUAUACUUAGAAAAUGCCUCUGCUGCGUAGGUUUUUGCUUUUGUUUGGGAAUGAGUCAGAUAAGAAACAUAGAAAUCCAUACAUUUCCUCAGGGCUCAUUGUUAUGGUUCAAACCACACUUUGCAGUUAGUAUUAGAGGUGUACAUUUAUAUAAGGAGCAAAUCUUGAUUUUAAACAAAGAUUACACAGAUUUAGAGGCUGAUAGUUUGGGGUGUUAAAAGGAGUUUGUAAAUAUAAUAUUCAUCCGAUGAUGUGUAUUCAUACACUUGGGUAAAGCCUGUCACGACCUCCAAGGCAUGGAUGUUCAAAGCGUAGAAUUCCUGGUGUCAUCUUAACAAUAGUGAUGUCAGCUCACGCUCAAGUGAGGCUCAUUUGUUCAGAAAGCACCGCACCAGCAUAGCUCACACAGAUGACGCAACAUUACACUCGCUUUCAGUUCAGAGUUUAACCAUUUUAUCUCGAUUUCUUUUGGAAUGAGUUUAAGCACAUGUUUUGUGUGGACUUUCACUGAAUUUCCUGUUUUUCUUUCUUUGACAAUCAUUCAUCAAUUCUUCCAGCGUUCCCUCAGAUAAACUGCUAGCGCUUUCUACUUCUUCUGUCAUUAAUUUUGUUGAAUGUUUGCAUUUCCUGCUUUUGUGUGUGCAACUUUUAUUGUAAAUAUUUAUCCUCUAACAUGUUUCAUAUACUUGCAUCUGAAAUUAAAAUAAAAAUUUAUACUCCAAGGUGACAUUGGAGGUGUUUUCUGGCAUUUGGUGGUAGCCUUCUCAGAUCCUGACUAACUGAUCCUUUCCCUUCAUGGUUCCUUUUAAACACAUGGACAAAAUUGUUGGUGCCCUGCAGUUACAGAAAAAAAAAAAGAAAACACAAUGGUGACUGAAAAAACUUAAAGGAACAAAAACAAUAAUUACAGAAAA